AUGCCCGUCGUCACACCUCACUCUUUCAUACUCCGCCAUUCACGGAGACUCCCCCACCCCACUUGCCUUCCAUGACACCUGUCGCAUCUCCUCUGCAUCCGCUUUCUGUACAAAACGUAUUCUUUCUUUCCCCCGACUUUCCACCUCGACCAAAAAUUAUAGAUUCGAACUACAUCCAGGAUGGGAGACGAUUUGAUGAGAAGGAAUGCCACCUCUAGCAUGACAUUGAUAGAUAUAUCGACUACGAGGCCUGCUCCUGCUCCGACGGCCUCUUCUUCUCAUACCCAUAUCGACACUCCUGCAAAACCGGACAAAUCACUCCCUGGGUCACUCAAAGGCUUCCAAGAUGGGGUGGAGGUGGUGAAAUCCACCGAGUCCGAUUCACAUGAUCCAAUUUUUAAUGCCUCGGUGCCGUCCAGCCCUCAACUUACUUCUCAGCAAGAACCACCCCAGGUGCCGAUAGCCUAUGUGACAGGAGCAAAGUUGUGGCUCAUUCUGGUUCUGUUCUGCAUGUCUGUGUAUAUAGACGUCACCUGCCGAUCAGGUGUCAUGAUUUUCAUCACGGCCAUUUCCCAAGACCUAGACGUUCCAUAUGUAGAAUCAACAUGGAUCAUCGUAGCAUUCGCUAUACCUUUCGCGACCCUUCUCCCAUUCUUCGGACGGAUAGCCGACCUCUUCUCCCCUAAAACAUCUUUUGUGACCGGAGCAGCUCUUUUGGGCUUGGCCUGUUUGAUCGCUUCUGUUCUCACCGAUAAGUAUAGCUAUUGGGCGCUUCGAGGACUGAGUGGUGUGUUUGCCAGUGCGACUGUCCCUGCCGCUUACCGUCUCAUUUUGGGUGUCUUCCCCCCUCAUAAGCAAGGGACAGCUAUUGGUGUUUUUGCCCUUUUUGGGUCCGUUGCAAAUGCCUCGGGCUUGGUCCUCGCUGGUCUCUUUGCGUUCAUCACAACUGAGGGGCAAAUGUCUGCAUGGCGUUGGUUCUUCCGGUUCGUGGGCAUUCUCUCUGUCCCCAUCUCCAUCACGGCGUACCUCGCCAUUCCGAAACUACACGGAGCGAAGUCUCAGGCGACACUGAGAGAAAAGUGGCAACAGUUCGACCUGAUAGGCUGUGCUAUACUCCUUGGGUCAACACUCAUGUUCAUGAUUGGACUCACCAUGGGAGGUAUCAACGGCUGGCGUAGUGCAUCUUUCCUGGUCCCAUUCCUCCUGUCUUGGCCACUGGGCGUCAGUUUCUUCUUUUGGGAGAAACGUCUACCGGACGGAUGUGCUUUGGUGCCUCCUUCCACUUGGAAACUGCCCAACUUGCCUUUACUACUCGUGGUAGCCGUUGGUAUCUUACCAAUGUGGCCUGGCCAGGCAUUGCCUUUAUCCGAACGAUGGGAACAAGUGGAGUCUGCGGCGAUAGUGGGUUUACGACUGAUGCCUCAAGGUAUCUUCUCCGCUUUGCCCAUGUUUGUACUCCCUCGGAUACCCCAGCAUGUCAAAGCUUCUCGAUACUUCCUCCCCGUAUGCUUUACCGUGUCCGCGGCCACGGUCAUCGUCCCCAUUUUCUCGCAUGGUUUAUGGCAAGGAGGUGCUUACUGGAGAUGGUACUUUCCGUCUUUCGCGAUCGGCUCUUUCUUUUGUGGUUGCGCCUUUUCUGGAAUCAACGUAUUAUACAUGAUGGCGAUUCCUCCCGAAAUGGCAGGUGUGGCAUCUGCACUCCUUCAAGUCGCUAUUCAGAUGGGCGGCACAUUGACUUUUACCCUUCAAGGAGCCCUUCUCACUGUCUAUCCGGGUGAAGUGAACAACUUCAAAAACGUUCAGUUGUCAUGGUGGGUCUGCGCAGGAUGGUAUGUUCUCGAUACUCUCAUCGUUCUCAUCGGCUACAGGGAAAUCAAGCGGGCGGUCAAUGAUGAGGAGAGUGGGAGGAGCACUUUGGUCAUUGAUUCUUCCGAGAAGGAGGAAAAGGGUAGAGAAAUGGACGGAUCAGAAGAGAAACACGAGGAUGAGUGGGGGAGAUCGGCAAGUACUUAAUCCGCGCGCAUGCGUACUGUACUGUAUAUGACGUGGGGGAGGUUUAUAUCAUGUGCUCUGACAAUGCUACUCAUAAUUCCAGAUC